AUGAUUACUGUCAGAGAUGCAUUGAAUCAGGCAAUUGAGGAAGAAAUGGAGCGAGAAGAGCGUGUGUUUGUGAUUGGGGAGGAGGUUGGUGUAUCUGGAGGAUGCCACGGUGUUACUAGAGGCCUUUAUUACAAAUAUGGCUGUUGGAGAGUUCGUGAUACUCCGAUCAGUGAGAUGGGAUUCACAGGAUUGGCCAUAGGUGCUUCUUAUCUUGGACUGAGACCAAUAGUUGAGUUCAUGACAUGGAACUUUGCUCUGCAAUCAAUAGAUCACAUAAUCAACUCAUGUGCAAAGACACUGUAUAUGUCUGGAGGAAUGAUUAGCUGUCCGAUUGUGUUUAGAGGACCAAAUGGAUUCAAUCCGGGAUACGCAGCGCAGCAUACACAGGACUUCUGCGGGUAUUACGGCGCAAUUCCAGGACUGAAGGUGGUUGCUCCAUACACAGCCAGAGAUCACAAAGGCUUAAUGAAAGCAGCAAUCAGAGAUAACAAUCCGGUUGUUUUUCUUGAGAAUGAGACACUUUACGAUGAUGUGUAUGAUGAUAUUACAGAUGAAUAUGUGCAAGAGCUUGAUAAAGCUGUUAUUGAGGUUGCUGGAGCAGAUGUUACCUUAAUUGGCGUUUCUAUUUCUGUAAAGAUCUGCCUGGAGGCUGAAAAAUUGUUAAGAACAAACGGAAUAUCAGCAGAGGUCAUCAACCUUGUAUCUGUAAGGCCCAUAGACAAGCAAACCAUUGUUGCAUCGGCCAUGAAAACACGAAAUGUAUUUGUUGUUGACUAUGCAUGGCCCUCCUUCAGCAUAGCCUCUGAAAUUUCUGCAAUUAUCCACGAGAACUGUUUUGACUCUCUACAGGCACCUGUGCAAAGGAUAAGCGGUAAAGAUAUUCCAACGCCAUACUCUGAGAACCUAGAGAAGAUGUCUUUUCCAACACAUCUUGAUGUUGUAGAAGCAGUUAUAAAUACAUACAGAAAGAAACAAUAA